AUGAGCGGCCCACAGCAUUUGUGCGACAUCGAGGGCCGGACGCCUCCGCCGGCGCCCAGCGCCGCAUACGGCAAGCGUGCGCGUGAACUCAUCGAGGACGCGACGGGUAUGGCGCUGCCCCCACUUGGCGACUUGCCGAAGGGCCGUCCGCGUGCUGGCACGCUCCCAUCGUCCUUCCAAGAGGCUCGCGUCGACGACGACCACGACAACAACAAUACCCCGCCAGAGUCGGAGGCACAUCCGAGGCGCAUCUCGGCGUUGUCACCAGGGUAUAACCAUCGUCCACAGCUGCGCCACGCCAACAGCUCAGCACCAGCGCUCGAGCACGAGCACGCUCGUCCGCGCUCUGGCUCAGCCUCGUCUGUGAGCAACGCCUUUGCGUCCUCUCCAUUCUCCAACGCCUGGUUGGCCAACCCUGGUCCCGCCGAACGGUCUCCCCUUGGUCGCCCCGAGGGUCGUGACGAAGUCUACUCGCCCGACAGCGCAAACAACGAAGACCUCAACUUUAGCACCCUCGACUAUCUUGGUCUUGCCGACGGUAACGCCGACCUCGCUCCUGCCAGCAUGUCGGACAUGCACAACCAGCAGCGUCGUGCCAUUGACGGCCACGGUCCCGCCUCGCGUAUCCGUGCCAGCACAGUGUCCAACGUCAACCGCCCCUUUCGCGCGUCGGUUACUCAGACGUUUGAAGACCACAGCCCCGACGCCAUGCUCGCCCAGGCACUCGACCAGGUGUCCCUCUACGACGGCCUCCUCCCACAGGCCCAGCUGGGCGGCGGCCUUUACCCAUCGCCUUCCCUUCUCCACCCUAACUCGGGCGGCGGCGUGCGCGAGACCAACCGUCCUCGCGCCACGACGAUCGGCACCCUGGAGAACCCCCUUACUCGCAGCAACCGUGGGUUCCUGUCCAGCAUUCCGCAGUCGCCCUUGCAAGCCGAGUACGCCUCGAUGUACCUCGACAACCGCUUCGGAUACCCUCCUCGUUCGCGGUCGGAUCGUGACUUGACUCGCAGUCGCGAAAGCCGCCGUGACGGUGGUCGAUUGUCGAUUUCAUCGGCGACGAGCCGCACUGGCACUCCAGACAACGCUGGAACGAGCACCCCUCAGGUCCCCACGCGCUCGCUCUGGAUCGGCAAUCUCGAUGUGAAUGCUACCAGCGAGUCGCUGCUCAAGGUGUUCGCGCCUUACGGGGCCAUUGAAAGCCUCCGUAUUCUCCCAGAGAAGACAUGCGCGUUCGUCAACUUUAUGGACAAGGCCGACGCUAUCCGUGCGCGUGACGACGUCCUCAACCGGCUGGGCGGGCAAGUGUCUGAGCUUUCCGAGACUGCGCCCGUGCGUAUCGGCUUUGGCAAGAUUGAUUCUGCGCCAACUGGUCCGUCGACUUCGACCGUCGCGCCCGCUCCACAUGGUCUCGUCUUCACCAACGGCUCCAUCACCAUCACUCACCAGCCACUGCUCAACGUCGAUGGCGCCAACAAUGGCGAUCAGAGCUCACUUCCCACGCGUGCGCUGUGGAUCGGCAGCAUUCCAAACACGACUUCGUCCGCGACGCUGCUCCAGAUCUUCUCGCCCUUUGGUCCAGUAGAAUCCGCCCGUGUGCUCACCCACAAGUCGUGUGGUUUCGUCAACUUUGAGCGUCUUGACUCGGCAAUUUCUGCCCGCAACGCCUUGAACGGGCGGGACAUCCUGGGCUCGGACGUUGGACCCAUUCGGAUUGGCUUCGCGCGUGUACCCACAAAGUCACCCGUAAUUGGCGGACCCGAGAACGAGACGAAUUCACCACAGAAGCUUGGCGAGGGACUGCAGGCUGUCCGCGGAGCGACUGCUGUCUCCACCGAGCAGCAGCUGUCUGCCGAGGGGGGUGGCGUGGAGAACUACCGCUCCCAGUUGGUCCUCGACCUCGUCAAGGCGGGCGUUCACGAGCAGGUUCUCGAACGCGGCCUCGCGCAGGACGGGUCGGUCAGCGAGCAGCAGAUGAUCAUGCAGGUCCUCAGUGGCGGCCGCCGCGAGGAGGAGAUGGACGUCCGUGCCGCGGCUGAAGUACGUCCUCCUGUCACCUACUACACCACGAUUCCGGUCAUCGGCGACCGGCAGAGCAUGCGCCGCUUCGACGUCGCCAGACUGCGCGACAUGCGCAAGCGCCUCGACUCGGGCAACGCAUCGCAGGAGGAGGUCGACAACAUCACGCACGAGCUGCUCGAGGACAGCGCCGAUCUUUCGUCCGACUACAUAGGCAACACGAUCAUCCAGAAGCUUUUCGAGAGAGCCGCGCCGGCAAUGCGCAAGGCCAUGCUUGAGCGCAUCGCGCCCCACCUCGCCGUCAUUGGAAUCCACAAGAACGGCACCUGGGCGGCUCAGAAGAUCAUCGAGUGCGCCAACACGGACGAGGAGCGCUCGCUCAUUACACUCAACCUCCGGCCCUUCGCACCGCCUCUGAUGUGCGACUCCCUCGGUAACUAUGUGUGCGCCGGCACGCUGAGGUUCGGGGCGCCGUACAGCGAGUACGUGUUUGACGCCAUGAUUGACCGCAUGUGGGACAUUGCGCAGAACCGUUUCGGCGCACGCUGUAUGCGCACCUGCCUCGAGUCGCCUCACACCUCGCUAUACCAGAAGAAGCGGAUCGCCACGAGCGUCAUUCUCAACUCGAUCCCGCUCGCGACCAACCCUAAUGGCGCGUUGCUUCUAACGUGGCUUGUGGAGCAGUCUGGCCUGCCAGGCAGGUACGGCCUCCUUGCUAACCGCUUCGCGCCGCACGUCGCACACCUGUGCACGCACAAGCUCGCGUCGCUGACGGUGCUGCGCAUCGUCAACCAGACGACCGAGCCGGCGGCGGCGCACACGCUGCUUUCGGCCAUCUUCCAUUCGCCUGGUGACAUGGUCCUCACAGAGAUCCUGUCCGACGCGUCGAACGGGUCGCAGGUGAUUGCAAAGAUCCUCGCUGUCAACUCGAUCCCGGCCGAGGACAAGCCUGGUCUGCUCAGCGCCGUGCGUCGGGUCUUGCCCAAUAUCAAGGCUGCCAACUCGCCUCCGUACCGUCGGUUACUCGAGGAGGUCGGUCUUCCUGUCCCGGCCGGCCCGACCUACACUCGUCCCCAGCACAUCCCCUGGCGGCAGUCGUUCGGUGUUCCGUACGGGCAGCCAAUGAUGGCUAACCCUGGUUUCCCGCAGCCUCUCGGAGGCGGACUUACGUCGUUACUCGUGCCCCAGGACAUGUCGCUCGGGCACGCGCUCCGUGGCGGAGGCAGCCCUCCCGCAAACGGCGCGCCGCACACCCCACAGCAGCGCGCUCGUGGGCGCAUCAGCCCUGCAAGCCAGAUGAUGAGCCCAGGCAGCGACCCUUUCAAUCCCUUCGCGUCACCCUCAAUCGAUCUGCCAUACGUUGGUACGCAACUCCCAAUGCGUGUCGGCAACAACAUGUCGAUGCAGCAGGGCUACGAGGCGCAAUCCAACAUCGGGGGGCUCGGCAUCCUUCCGCAGCAGGGCUACUACCAGCAAGGCGGGGCGGGCAUGUACGCGCAGACGGGUUUCCAGUAG